CUACGCAAUCAAUUUCUUUAAAGUGGGAAAGAAAAAGCAAAAUGUCUUCGUCUAGCUUUGUUCUUGUCCCUUUUCUAAUUCUGCUAACUAUUGGGGGAUGUGUUGGAAGACCACUCCCAAGCAAAUUACAUGAUUCUGAUAAACAGCCCCUACAAACAUUUCGGCCAUAUAACAUUGCUCAUCGAGGUGCAAAUGGGGAGUUUCCUGAAGAAACUACGGCUGCAUACAUGAGAGCUAUCGAAGAGGGGGCAGAUUUCAUAGAAACAGACAUCCUCGCCACUAAAGAUGGUGCCCUGAUAUGCUCCCACGAUGUAACACUUGAUCUUGAUAAUAGAACAAAUAUUGCAAACUUUAGUCAGUUUGCUGAUCGAAAAAGAACCUAUGAGGUCCAAGGUGUGAACAUGACUGGGUGGUUUGUAGUUGAUUUUACACUGGAAGAAUUGAAGUUGCUAAGGGUGAAUCAACGAUUCAGUUUUAGAGAUCAACAAUAUAAUGGGAAGUUUCCAAUUAUCACCUUCGAAGAGUACAUAUCAAUUGCACUGAAUGCACAAAGAGUUGUUGGAAUAUAUCCAGAGAUAAAGAAUCCAGUUUUUAUCAAUAAGCAUGUCAAAUGGUCAGAUGGGAAGAAGUUUGAAGAUAAGUUUGUGGAGACACUAACGAAAUAUGGAUACAAAGGUUCAUAUAUGUCAAUAGAAUGGCUGAAGCAACCUGCCUUUGUCCAGUCUUUUGCUCCAUCGUCACUCACAUAUACUGCAGACCUCACUGACUUGCCCAAAAUUUUAUUAAUUGAUGAUGUGACAGUACGAACAGAAGACACCAAUCAGACAUACUAUGAUAUUACUUCAGAUAGCUAUCUUGAUUUCAUAAGAAACUAUGUGGUUGGGAUUGGACCCUGGAAGGAUACAAUUGUUACUACAGAAGACAAUUAUUUGAAUGAAGUUACCGACCUUGUUGCCAAUGCACAUGCUCGUGGCCUACAGGUGCACCCAUAUACUUUCAGAAAUGAAAAUUCUUUCCUUCACCUCAACUUUCACCAAGAUCCAUAUUCUGAAUAUGAUUACUGGAUAAACAAGAUAGGAAUUGAUGGACUCUUUACUGAUUUCACAGGGAGCUUCCAUGAUUUCCAAGAAUGGACAUCGCCUCUAUCUUCUAAAAAUUAAGAUAAUAAAUUGUUGCAUCUAUGAUUGGCUCUUGCAAUAAGACAUACGUGCUUUCUUUUCAUAACCCCUCCCCUUUAUCUUUAGUAUCUUAGUUUGCUUUAGAUAGGUUACUUUGAA